ACUUUCUUUGCUGAUAACUGAACCACACACCCCCUCAUAAAAUCAGUCCUCAAUUUCUUCGACCCCCUCCUUCGUACCUGCAGCCUGCAGGUGUUUGAUUCCAUUUUCGGUCGGAGUUGAGCAGCAAAUCCCCUGGUGUACUUUGACCAAAAUAAUAUUUUACGUGUCUGAGAGGCUGAGAGAAACGAAGGCACGGAUAGUUCUAGGAUCCUGUGGCUUGUGAUUAUCCAUAUUAGCAGGCUGUUUGCCCUCUGAUGGAUAGCAUAGUAGAUACUCUGAAUAAUGAGUACCAGGAUUUCAUUGCUGCUGCAGCUGGUGUGCUUGAAGCCAAAGAGAUUUCUGGUGGCCAGAAAACAGCUGCCACUGAUGCUGCUCUAGAUAACUUUAAGCAGCGUUGGGAAUUGUUUAGAGUAGCUUGUGAUCAAGCAGAGGAGUUUGUGGAGUCUGUAAAGCAAAGAAUAAGUUCUGAAUGUCUGGUGGAUGAAGCAACUGGAUCAGUUACACAGAAGUCUGGGCAGGCUACCACCACUGGCCUUCCACCUAUCAGUGCAGUUAGGUUGGAACAGAUGAGCAAAGCUGUUCGAUGGCUUGUGCUUGAACUCCAGCAUGGUUCUGGAACUGGUGCUACUACUUCUCAUCCCCAUUCUUCUGUUCCUUUUGAUGCCAGGUUUUCUGAAGAUGCAGCUUAAUAGGGAAUCAUCUCCACAAAUUGCAUGAUUCCAUCUGUUAUUUUUGUUGUCUCUUAAAUUCAGAUAGAUGUUAUUACUUUAAUUUUGGCCUUUCAAUAUUAUCGUGUGUUCUACCAAAAAAAAUAUUACCAAGUGUGCUACUUUCUAAUUCAUUCUAGAAGAUAAUGCUUUAUUUUAUUUUGAAA